AUGCCUCAGACAGACAAGCAAAUAUGCAUCCCGCCGGAGCUGCCCGAACUGCUGAAGCAGUUUACCAAAGCUGCGAUCCGGACCCAGCCGCAGGAUCUCAUCCAAUGGGCGGCCGAGUACUUUGGGGCCAUGUCCCGUGGAGAGAUUCCUCCUGUGAGAGAGAGAUCUGAGCGAGUCACUUUGUCCAACUGGGCAGAGCUAACACCUGAGCUCUUAAAGGUCUUGCAUUCUCGGGUUGCUGGCAGACUGAUCAUCCAUGCAGAUGAGCUGGCCCAGAUGUGGAAGGUGCUGAAUCUCCCAACAGACUUAUUCAACAGUGUGAUGAACGUGGGUCGCUUCACAGAGGAGAUCGAGUGGCUGAAGUUUUUGGCCCUUGCUUGUAGCUCUCUUGGAGUUACCAUUGCUAAAACUCUCAAGAUAGUGUGUGAAGUUUUGUCCUGUGACCAUGAUGGAGGACCUCCCCGGAUCCCUUUCAGUACCUUCCAGUUUCUCUACACAUACAUUGCAGAAGUGGAUGGGGAAAUCUCUGCAUCCCAUGUCAGCAGAAUGCUAAACUACAUCGAACAUGAAGUAAUUGGUCCUGAUGGUUUGAUCAAGGUGAAUGACUUUACCCAAAACCCCAGGGUUCGGCUGGAAUAA